AUGGGAUUUUCUCUAUUCCUGAUCAAGCAGCUGUGUUUGCUUCUUGUGUUGCCUUUCUCGAUAUUAUACCUGAGGAAAUAUGCUACAGCUGCCCAGUUUGAUCCUUCACAGUACCCUAGACAAGAAAGGUGUGCCCUUUAUGCUCUCAAGGCCAGUUUCAACAACUCUUUUCUGAAUGAUAAUUGGACUGGUCCUCAAUGUUCUACGGAUAAUUCCUCAGGAUGGCAUGGCAUUCGGUGCGUCAGUGGUCUUGUUUCUGAAAUCUCUCUGGAAAGUAUAGGGUUGAAUGCUACAUUAAUCGACACCGAUGCAUUCCUCUUCCUCACCGAGCUGACUGUCCUAAGCUUCAAGAACAAUUCAAUAUCAGGGAACGUAAUGAAUUUCUCUUCCAACAUCAAGAUGAAGCGACUUGAUUUAUCAGGAAACAAGUUGUACGGUUCAAUCCCAAGGUCACUGCUAAGUCUUACAUUGUUGGAGUCAUUGCUUCUUCAGGAUAACUAUUUGAAAGGCUCAAUCCCAGAAUUUAACCAAUCCAGCCUGACAGUGUUUAAUGUCUCUAACAAUGAUCUCAAUGGUUCAAUCCCAACAACUCAAACUCUUCAAUCCUUUGGCCCUGAUUCAUAUUCUAGUAACCGUCGAUUGUUCGGUCCUCCUACGCUCAACACCUGCAAUAGUAUUUUUACAGCAAAAUAUGUGGCAGAUGUUCCGAGCAAUGAAAAUUCUCCACCUGAACCCCCAAAAAAGUCAUCUAAACCUAAUUUUGCUACCACAUUUAUAGUUUUUGACGUUGUUGGUUUAGUUGCAGUAAUUUUUCUCUUCUUGCUUUACUUUCAGAAGGUUAGGAAGCGUAAGAAAAUGAUCAAGAAAGAUGAUGGAAAAGAAAAAGAAGGAGGAAGAGAUACUACUUGUGGUGAUGAUCGUUUGGAGGAUGAGGGAAAAGGGAAAGGAUGUCAUAAUCGGAGAAGAAAAAGGGAAGCUUAUGUUCAUAGAGGAAGAAGCAAGAAGUUUCCAACUGAAUGA